AUGUCAAUAAAUUGCCGGAACCGAGGGUUUCCACAGACGGUUUGGGCGGUAAUCGGAAAAUUGUUUAAUAGGAACACGGAUAUGACGGUAUUACUCUGCGAACACGACGAAGACGACGACGACGACGACGAUCACGACACGACGCGAUUCAGAGCGGUGCGACGCCGUAACGUGACGACUCCAACGAUGACCGAAAUUAAUUCGGACGAAAGCCUAUACCGGUUUAUGGCCAACAAAGGGGCGAAAUCACAGAAGACCCGGAAGUGCACUGCGGCGUGCGUCCGGACCAACAAGGGCGAUCGUUACACCGGCGCCGCGGAUACGGCUGCGACGUCACUCUGCUGCAACGAUACGGUGCAGAAGACGUACCGGCCCUCCACCCAACAACGCGACAGGAGCACGUCCUGCACCAAGAACGCCACCGACUGUCGCGGCCAGUGCCCCCGGACCGGAAAGUACGUGGCCAACGACAAAACGCAAUGCACCGGCCCCAGAAGUCACAGGGCCAACGAAGGCCAAUGCACCGUGGCCGCUUCAAAGUACGGGGCCACCGACAACUCUCAAUGCACCGGCACCAGAAGUCACAGGGCCAACGAAGGCCAAUGCACCUCGGCCACUGCAAAGUACGUGGCCAACGACAACUCGCAAUUCACCGGCACCCAAAACUACAGGUCCAACGAUGGCCAAUACACCGGCGCCAGCACCUGGAACUACGACGCCAACAACAAUCGAUGCACCGACAUUGGAAACUACAGGGCCCACGAAUGCCAAAACGUCGGCACCGGAAACUACGGCGCCAACAGCAGCGGAUGCAAUGGAUGCGGCUGCAUUCCAGCGGUGGCGGCGGCUGCGGUAGCGGCGGCGGCCUGUCUAGGAGGAGCGAACGGCUUCGGAAGUAACAACCCCGACACCCUGGUGUCGACGGUCUACAAGUGGGCGAAAGUCGCGAAGGACUGGACGUGGGACAAAUCGUCUUAUUUCCUCGUGGCCGUCGUGUCGUUUAUUCUCGGCAUUUACACUUGCGAUUUGGGUCUGUGCACGUGCGAAGAGGUAUCCUCCUGA